UUUCCACUGUAUCCACGAGAAGACGAGGGAACCUACGAUCGAAUUAUGAUGAUCAAUCAGUGGCAAUCGAUGAUGGACAACCUGAUUGACAUUUAUUAUCUCGUGCGGUUGAUAAUCCGUCAAGUUUCCAUAUACUUACGAGAUGUGAUUCUCUAUAAAGUCUUCUGGAUGGCAACAAACGACAACUUCGAUUCUUCGGAUACGAAACUUCGUGUCACGUUGAGGAAUAUUACGACAGAUGUCGUAGCUUUUUCGGUUAUCUGUGCCGUUCUUUUUCUCCUCGUGGUUCUCGCGUCGAAGUAUGAAAAGGAUGAAAACCAACUUUUUACACCUGUGGGAAUAGAAACAGUCACAGUAGAUCACCCACAGGAUUCAUUCUGCGUUUCAAACACGAAUUCCAAUACGACAAACUGUACCCACGCUUGCGGCGAUUCGAUAUUACCGCGCAGACGAAUUUCAAAGAGAAAUUUCUCCGAGGAAGACAUAAUCAGGGUUCGUUCCUGUAGCGAAAAACGAACCACAAGGAUUCCAAAAAAAUCGAUUUUCGGUCUAACCAUGAGCCAACCACAAAAUUGUCAAAGUACCCAAACCACUCGUGAAAUAUUCCAUAAAAACAACCAAAAAUGGUUGAUUAGACGGACAAGAAGCGGCCAUAUUUAUGGAAAAUAUCCUGUAUAGCAAGAAC